GUUUUGAUGGUUUAGUUGGUAACCCGCACUCAACCUAGAAGUGAACCACCAACAGAGAUUCAACGGCAUUGUGGUUGUCCGUUCAUAAGUAUCUAGCCUUUAUUGGUCGUGUCAGAUCGAUCGAUCGAAUUCAAUAGCAGAGUUGAAUUCUGAAUCGAUACAACGAAAAUUUUGGGAUAACAAUAUCCACAAACAAGGACUAAUUCAGACAUAAGAAAGGAUUACGCGUUCACGACCGGGAGUUGUGAUUGAAUUGUGCUCAAAAUGAGGAGCGCUUUUAUUGUUUUGGCGCUUUGCGUCGCCGGAAUCUGGGCUGAAGCCAGCACGGAUACACUUUUGAGAAAGGCACGUGCUGCUCAAGGUUAUGAUUACCCACCACCCUCUAUACCAUUCCCCGAGCCAACGCGGCCACCACCAGUGGUGACCCGUCCACCAGCACCGAAGACAACUCGUCCACCACCCCCACCGGUGACACGUCCACCACCAACAUACUUGCCACCCACCAACAAACCACAACCUCCGGCACCUAAGCCAACAACUCGUCCACCACCACCACCGGUGACGCGUCCACCAGCACCGAAGACAACUCGUCCACCACCCCCACCAGUGACACGUCCACCACCAACUUACUUGCCACCUACCAACAAACCACAACCUCCGGCACCUAAGCCAACAACUCGUCCACCACCACCACCGGUGACGCGUCCACCAGCACCGAAGACAACUCGCCCACCACCCCCACCAGUGACACGUCCACCACCAACUUACUUGCCACCCACCAACAAACCACAACCACCGGCACCUAAGCCAACAACUCGUCGUCCAGCACCACCACCAACUUACUUGCCACCCACGAACAAACCUCAACCACCGGCACCUAAGCCAACAACUCGUCCACCACCACCACCGGUGACACGUCCACCAGCAGUUGAGCGUACCACAUAUGUCUACAAUGUACCACAAAAUCCAUUGACAUAUCCUCCACCAACCAAUAAACCACAACCACCUGCACCAAAACCAACAACUCGUCCACCACCACCGAGAACAACUCGUCCUCCAGCGCCAGUGACCAGACCACCCCCAACUUAUUUGCCACCCACCAAUAAACCACAACCUCCAGCACCAAAACCAACCACUCGUCCACCACCACCACCAGUGACUCGUCCACCAGCACCGAAGACAACCCGUCCUCCACCUCCAGUGACGAGACCACCACCAACAUACUUGCCACCCACCAAUAAACCACAACCUCCAGCACCAAAACCAACCACCCGUCCACCACCACCAGUGACUCGUCCACCACCACCAAGAACUACACCCGGACCAACAUACUUGCCACCCACCAACAAACCUCAACCUCCAGCACCAAAACCAACCACUCGUCCACCACCACCACCAGUGACUCGUCCACCAGCACCGAAGACAACCCGUCCUCCACCUCCAGUGACGAGACCACCACCAACUUACUUGCCACCCACCAAUAAACCACAACCUCCAGCACCAAAACCAACCACCCGUCCACCACCACCAGUGACUCGUCCCCCACCACCGAAGACAACUCGUCCUCCACCUCCAGUGACGAAGCCACCUCCAACUUACUUGCCACCCACCAACAAACCACAACCACCAGCACCUAAGCCAACAACUCGUCCACCACCACCAGUCACUCGUCCCCCACCACCAAGAACUACACCAGGACCAACAUACUUGCCACCCACCAACAAACCACAACCUCCAGCACCAAAACCAACCACUCGUCCACCACCACCACCAGUGACUCGUCCACCAGCACCGAAGACAACCCGUCCUCCACCUCCGGUGACGAGACCACCACCAACUUACUUGCCACCCACCAAUAAACCACAACCUCCAGCACCAAAACCAACCACCCGUCCACCACCACCGAAGACAACUCGUCCUCCACCUCCAGUGACGAAGCCACCUCCAACUUACUUGCCACCCACCAACAAACCACAGCCACCAGCACCUAAGCCAACAACUCGUCCACCACCACCAGUCACUCGUCCCCCACCACCAAGAACUACACCUGGACCUACAUACUUGCCACCCACCAACAAACCACAACCUCCAGCACCAAAACCAACCACCCGUCCACCACCACCAGUGACUCGUCCACCAGCACCAAAGACAACUCGUCCUCCACCCCCACCAGUGACCCGUCCACCACCAACGUACUUGCCACCCACCAACAAGCCACAACCACCAGCACCAAAACCAACCACCCGUCCACCACCACCAGUGACUCGUCCACCAGCACCGAAGACCACCCGUCCUCCACCUCCAGUGACGAGACCACCACCAACAUACUUGCCACCCACCAACAAACCACAGCCACCAGCACCUAAACCAACCACCCGUCCACCACCACCAGUGACUCGUCCACCAGCACCGAAGACAACCCGUCCUCCACCUCCAGUGACGAGACCACCACCAACUUACUUGCCACCCACCAACAAACCACAGCCACCAGCACCUAAACCAACCACCCGUCCACCACCACCACCAGUGACUCGUCCACCAGCACCCAAGACUACACGUCCACCACCCCCACCAGUGACUCGUCCACCACCCAAGGAUGAGGGCUACAAAUACCCCGUGCCAAGAAUUCCUUUCGAGUUUUAGAUGUCAACUGUAACAGUUGAUUUACUCAAUUUUAUGUUAAGAAAGAUAGCCUGCGAGUUUUAUUAAAAGUUAUUUAAAAAGUGGUGAAGCUCAUUAACGCCGAAAGCUGACAAUCUAGCGAUGUGGUACCAACAAUCAAACUAGGGCUAGAUUCAUCUAGUCAAUACAAUAUGAGAACGUUAUUUUUGCUUUCGCCUCUAAUAGAGCUCGAGCAAGAAUAUCAAAUGUUUUUCCUUUUUGUUUUAUACUUAAAAAUACUCUUACAAUUAGAAAUACGUAUUUUAAUUGAAAAAAAUAUCCACGAUUUUGUUUUUGUAUUUCGGAUGUAAUUUUUUACCGUUUUUGUAGGGAAAAAUGUCAUUGUAUGAAAGAGUUUAUUGAAAUCAAUAAAUUAUGUAUGUACCUAAAUA